AUGGCUGGUCUUUCACCAGAGGAAGAACGCCAGCUGAAUGAGUUGCUAAUGAAACGCGAGAAGAGCCAAGGACUCGUCUUGCCGAAGGCAAAGGCCACCGUGAGCAAAGCUGGCGGAAGCAUGUCGGAUGCCUCGAAGAGACAGCGAGAUGCGCAAGAUGAGCCAGAUGAGUGCUUUGAAUCAGAGGGAAUUUCAUCAUUGGAACAAUGGGGAAAGGUGGUGAUCGCAAUGCCUGCUAUGACGGACCGCAAGAUGACCUUUGCGGAAGCCGUUGAGAUUUCCAAGAGUGAGAAAAAGGUCAAGACCUACCUCAACUGGAUUGUGGGAAAAUUCGGAGAUGAGGCUUGUGCAAGCCCCAAGAGUCAGGGUGUGGACCUGGCCAUGUAUCUCAUGGCUCGUGGAUGGACCUCCUCAGGAGGUGGCUAUCAGCGAACAUACAAGAAGUGA